GAACUUUUCGCGCUGUUUCUGUAUAAAUAGUGUCGUUGGGUCUGGUUUGGAAACAGAAUCAACUUUGGAUUAAUCUAGCAGACAUCGUCUUGGAUCUUCUGGAAAAAUGAAAUUCUUUGUCAUUGCCUUUGCUGUGAUCGCAGCUGCCUCGGCAGCCUCCAUUGCCACGGAUUACCUGCCGCCGGUGGACAACAAUCUGGAGGCCUCUUCCGACAUUGUGGAAGUGCCCGCCGAACAGGGAGUUCUCUCCGACGAUGGAUACCGCUACAAGACCGUGCGCCGCCUGAAACUCCGCCACCGUCGCGAUGUGAGCGAACUGCCCUCCGGCGAGUACCUGCCCCCAGUUGAGGAAGCUGCCUCCGAGGCUGUUGCCGUGGAGACUCCUCUGGCCGAUGAUGGUUACCGCUACAAGACUGUGCGCCGUGUGAUCCGCCGCCGUCGUGAUGUGAAUGAGCUGCCCUCCGGUGAAUACCUGCCCCCAGUUGAGGAAGCUGCCUCUGAGGCUGUUGCUGUGGAGACUCCCCUGGCUGCUGAUGGCUACCGCUACAAGACCGUCCGUCGUGUGAUCCGUCGUCGUCGUGAUGUCAACGAACUGUCCGCCGAAUACCUGCCCCCCGUGGAGGAGGCCGCUUCCGAGGCUGUGGCUGUUGAGACUCCCCUUGCCGAUGAUGGUUAUCGUUACAAGACCGUGCGCCGUGUGAUCCGUCGUCGUCGUGAUGUGAAUGAGUUGCCCUCCGGCGAGUACCUGCCCCCCGUGGAGGAGGCCGCCUCUGAAGCUGUUGCCGUGGAGACUCCCCUGGCUGCUGAUGGCUACCGCUACAAGACUGUCCGUCGUGUGAUCCGCCGCCGUCGUGAUGUCAACGAGCUGCCCUCUGCUGAAUACCUGCCCCCAGUUGAGGAUGCUGCUUCCGAGGCUGUUGCUGUGGAGACUCCCCUUGCCGAUGAUGGUUACCGCUACAAGACUGUCCGUCGUGUCAUCCGCCGCCGUCGUGAUGUGAAUGAGCUGUCCGCCGAAUACCUGCCCCCCGUGGAGGAGGCCGCUUCCGAGGCUGUCGCCGUGGAGACUCCCCUGGCUGAUGAUGGCUACCGCUACAAGACCGUGCGCCGAGUGAUCCGUCGUCGUCGUGAUGUCAACGAACUGCCCUCCGCCGAAUACCUGCCCCCAGUUGAGGAUGCCGCUUCCGAGGCUGUCGCCGUGGAGACUCCCCUGGCUGAAGAUGGCUACCGCUACAAGACCGUUCGUCGUGUGAUCCGUCGUCGUCGUGAUGUGAAUGAGCUGCCCACCGCUGAGUAUCUGCCCCCCGUGGAGGAGGCCGCCGCCUCCGCCAUCAUCGAUGUGCCCGCCGAGCAGACCGUGCUGGCCAGCGAUGGCUACCGCUACAAGACCGUGCGCCGCCUGAAGCUCCGUCGCCACUAAGAAGCCGAUUGAGACCAUUCCCACCGCCACAUUUGAGAUUGUCGGGGAUGCUUUUCCAGAAGAAGUCCUGCCUGCGAUCGUCUCACGAUGAAACUAACCAUAAGUCGAGCGUAUUAGUCAAUUUGAAUCCGUUAUGAACAACCCGAGUACAAACCCGAAUUAACAAUAAUAAACAUUUUUAAAACAAAAA